UGCUCACAUUUUCGUCUUUUCCUUGCACGAUUUUAUUUACCGCAGCAAAGUAAUACUUUUGCAUUUCUGACAAUCGCUCCCGACGUUUAUCCUCGAUCGGAAAAAUAGACGUCCGGAUUUAUCGGCCGCGUGAGGUCUCGCCGGAAGAUACGAGAAUGAGAUCUUGUACCGGAUAGCUCAUGGUAUCUUCCAGAGUAUGGCUUUCGCGACGCGGGGUUUGCGAGUUUUGUGUAAAAUAUACAAUGCAAACGCGGGAACGACAUGUUGCACCCUCCGACAGCCCGUCGGCCGAAUAUCGCUCGUUCAUUCGGCGCAAAAAUAUCGCUACAGUACAGAAACAACGGAUCGUCCAAAAAUCACUAGUAACCUAACUAAUAUACAGUCGUCGAUAAAUGAAGCUGAAUCGUUGGGGCAAGAAGUAGUGGCUCACAAAAAACAGAAUGAACAACAAAAGGAAGAUGAGGAGGAGAAGGCAAAUCGUGAGAGAUCGAAGAGAAUGAUGAACUAUGGGUUUGCAGCGUUUGGCGUGUUCAUGGGUAUUGGCUUCACUUAUUUAGUAUACGAAUUAGGAAGACCUAAUUAUGACGAACAUGGGAAUGCCAUCGAGGACGAAUUUUCCAAUUUACCGUUCUUUGAACAGAUCUACAAGAGGGUCAAGAGAGAGCUUAAUUAUUAUACAAGAUUAGUACAAGAACCCAGUAGGGAAAAGUUGUUACCUGAUCCAUUGAAACAUCCAUAUAUUCAGCCACCAUAUACUUUAGUUUUGGAAUUGACAGAUCUCCUGGUACAUCCAGAUUGGACAUACCAAACUGGAUGGAGAUUUAAAAAGCGGCCAGGAGUGGAUCAAUUUUUAGAAGCAGUUGCCCCGCCACAAUUUGAAAUUGUGAUUUAUACAGCUGAACAAGGAAUGACAGUAUUCCCUAUUUUGGAUGCACUCGAUCCAAAUGGAUAUAUAAUGUACAGAUUAGUUAGAGAUGCAACACGUUUUGUGGAUGGACAUCAUGUUAAAGAUUUGGCAGCUCUCAAUCGUGAUCUUAGUAAAGUUAUUGUUAUCGAUUGGAAUGAAAAGAGCGUAAAAUUACAUCCAGAAAAUGCAUUUAAACUUCCCCGAUGGUCAGGUAACGAUGACGACACUACGUUAUAUGACUUAGCGGCAUUCCUGAAGACAAUAUUAACAUCGAACGUGCAAGAUGUGAGAGAUGUAUUGAAUUAUUAUAGACAAUUUGAUAAUCCAUUGGAAAUGUUUAAAGAAAACCGACGAAAAUUUUUGCAGAUGCAAAUGGAGGAUGAACAAAACAAGCAACAAGACAGCAACAGAGUACUUAUCUCGAAAUGGAAACCAUCUUUCUUACGGAACCGCUAGUCAAAAUAAAUCAAUUACGUUGAAAUUUUAAAUUUGUAUAUUAUUUGAAUAUACUACACAUUCAGUCAUUUCAUCAAAACAUAUUAUACAUAAUGAUUAUGGUUCAAUUUUUAUUACAAUAAAAUAAACAAUGUUUCAAAAAUACA